UUGCUUGAGGUAGAGGGCGGUUGGUAGAGCUAAGAAGAAGAAAAUGGCUGGCGCGCGUGGCAGUGGAAAAACGGAAGAAAGUAGCCCAAGUAGCCCCACUAAAAUGGCAAAAAAUACUGCAAUGUAAUAAACCAAAGAAGAAAAGAAAAGCAAGAAAAGAAAAGAUGGUGAGAAGUGACAGGCAAGGCAAGGCAGCUUCUGAAAUAUUGUCAUAACUUCGCCGCCUAAUAUCGUUCUCUUUAGCUCCUUCGAAUUGGUCUUCACUCUCAUUAUCAUCAGUUUAUCACUCCUCUCUCUUUCUCUCCUUUUCGCUUCCAUUUUCCUAUCUUUCUUCUUCUUCUUCUUCUUCUUCUUCUUCUUCAGGCAAACUUCUUUCUUCUUCAUUUUCUCUGCUCCUCAAGCCACAUUUACAGAUACAACAAUGGCGGGAGGACCGCCGAAGAUUGAUGAGUUUCAUCCUCAUCCCGUCAAGGAACAGCUUCCCGGCGUUGAUUUCUGCCUCAACAGUUCUCCUCCUUGGCCUGAGGCAAUAAUUCUGGGAUUUCAACACUUCCUGGUGAUGCUUGGAACCACUGUUUUCAUCCCCACACUACUUGUUCCUUUGAUGGGUGGUGGCAACGUGGAGAAGGCUCAAGUUAUAGAGACUUUGCUCUUUGUUGCUGGUAUAAACACCCUCUUGCAGACUUGGGUUGGCACUAGGCUUCCGGUGGUGAUGGGGGGUUCCUAUGCUUUCAUUAUCCCUGCCAUAUCUGCCUCUCAUCACAGGAGAUUUUACAGAUAUGAAUUUAAUCCCCAUCAGAGGUUUAAACAAACCAUGCGAGCUGUACAAGGAGCACUAAUUGUUGCAUCUGCUGUUCAAAUUCUCCUGGGAUUCAUUGGCUUUGUGAGAAUCUUUGCGAGGUUUCUGAGUCCUCUUGGUGCCAUUCCUCUUGUGACGCUAACUGGACUUGGGCUCUAUGCGCUUGGUUUUCCAAAUCUGGCAAGAUGUAUUGAACUCGGACUUCCAACAUUGGUUAUUGUGGUUUUUUUAUCCCAGUAUGUUCCAUACAUGAUAGGAUCGAAAAGACAGGUGUUUGAUCGCUUUGCUGUCCUAGUAUCGGUUGCAUUAGUUUGGGGAUUUGCAGAAAUUUUGACUGCAGCUGGUGCAUAUAAGAAUAAAUCUCCGCUCACUCAAAUUAGUUGCCGCACUGAUCGUUCUGGGCUCAUUAGCGCAGCCCCUUGGAUAAGGGUUCCAUAUCCAUUUCAAUGGGGUGGUCCUACUUUCAACGGCGGGGAUGCUUUUGCAAUGGCAGCUGCGGCUCUUGUUGCCCUUGUUGAGUCAAUGGGUGUUUUUAUUGCAGCAUCAAGGUAUAGCAGUGCCACUCUUCCACCGCCAUCUGUUCUCACUCGAGGUGUUGGCUGGCAGGGUAUAGGCACGUUAUUGAAUGGCAUAUUUGGCGCAGGAAUUGGCUCCACAGCAUCAGUUGAAAAUGCGGGACUUUUGGGAUUGACACGUGUUGGAAGUCGGAGAGUAAUUCAGAUAUCCGCGGCAUUUAUGCUUUUCUUCUCUGUAUUAGGAAAAUUCGGGGCUAUUCUCGCUUCAAUACCUUUGCCUAUUUUCGCGGCUUUAUAUUGCGUUCUGUUUGCCUAUGUGGCCUCUGCCGGUCUCAGUUUCCUCCAGUUCUGCAACCUCAACAGCUUCAGAACUAAGUUCAUACUGGGCUUUUCUCUCUUCAUGGGUCUAUCUGUGCCUCAGUACUUCUUUGAAUACCUUAUAACUUCCGGGCAUGGUCCUGUUAAUACCGGUUCCACACCAUUCAACAACGUAAUGCAAGUGAUAUUCUCAUCCGCGGCGACAGUGGCAAUUAUGGUUGCUUUCUUCUUGGAUUGCACUCACGGUUUCAGGGACGGAUCGACUCGGCUAGAUAGUGGCAGGCACUGGUGGGGAAGGUUCAGGUACUUCGAUGCAGAUACUAGGAGCGCGGAGUUCUACUCGCUGCCUUAUAACAUGAAUAGGUUUUUCCCAUCAUACUAACCUUUUGGCUGCUUUCUUAUAAUCAAUGAGGAGCUAAGAAAAGAUGUGUGCAAGGAAAAAUACAGUAGUAAGAUAAAUGGAGAGCAUUAGAAGCUGCUGAAAAUGUGACAGUCUUUCUUGUGUUCGUAUAAGCAAUAGAUAUGAUUCUGCUAUUACGGGAUUAUUAGUGAAAGCUUAAAAGCAAUAGAAGUACCGACUUUGGAGUACUUUUUGUUUUGCGCUACAUGUUGUUAUUGA